AUAACCAACAGCUUUCAUAGAACUUGUCCCAUUUUACUGAAGAUCUCAUCUCAAUUUUGAGAACACAAAGGAGACUGUUACUCAGGCCAUUUGACUCAUUCCUCUGCCACACCACCAUCGCCCAAGAUCGACAAUUCAUCAACCUGAGAGCAAAAUGGCUUACUCGUUGCCUUUCAAACACAAGCUCAAUCGUUCUGACCUUCUCAUCACCGACUCUUACAUCCAAGGCCAAACCAAACCCGCCCUCUCAGGUUCAACCUUCGACGUAAUCGAUCCCGGAACCAAUAAACCAUGGACAAAAGUCACGAACAACUCAGCCGAUGACGUCGACGCAACCGUCCGCGUCGCACACAAUGCAUUCCAAUCUUUCAAGAAAACCUCCCCUCGAGCACGUGCCCAAUGGCUUCUCAAAUGGGACGCCCUCAUCCGCGAGCACAAAGUCGAUUUAGCCACGCUUUUGGUGUAUGAGACGGGAAAACCAUACGUCGAGGCAAUCGGGGAGAUGGAUUAUUCUUUGACGUUCGUAUCAUGGUUUGCGGGCGAGGCAGAGCGGAUUCAAGGAACUUGUUUCGCCCCGUCUGCGCCAGAUAGACGAGUAGUCACUAUCAAACAGCCACUCGGUGUCGCGGUCGCGUUGGUGCCGUGGAACUUUCCUGUUGCUAUGGUCCUGAGAAAGGCUGCUGCUGCGUUGGCGGCUGGUUGUACAAUGGUGGUUAAGCCAUCGCCUGAAACGCCGGUUACUGCUAUGGCUUUGGCCAAGUUGGCCAGUGAGGCUGGAUUUCCAGACGGCGUUCUGAAUGUCUUGCCGACAAGCUUGGAAAACACGCCGUCGCUUAGUGAAGCUCUUUGCAAGCAUGAGUUGGUUAAGAAGGUUACCUUUACAGGAUCAACUCGCGUUGGGACUCUUGUUGCGAACCACUGCAGUUUGGGUCUCAAGAAAGUGGUUCUGGAGCUAGGCGGUAAUUGCCCUUGUCUUAUCUUUGAUGAUGCAGACAUCGAAGCAGCUUUGCGCGAACUCGUCGGCCUCAAAUGGCGUCAUGCUGGUCAAGCUUGCGUUACAGUCAAUCGCUUCCUUGUGCAGUCUGGGGUAUAUGACGAGUUCCUUCAGCGCUUCGUUGAAGAGACUGCCAAGUAUGUCAUCGGCCACGGCGCUGCUGAAGGAACUACCCUCGGACCUGUUACGAAGCCCGAAAGUUUGGGCCGAGCUGAGCGACUUGUUAAAGAUGCUGUUUCGAAAGGUGCUCGAAUUGUCACUGGAGGCAAUCGUGUUUCUCCCAAGGGAGGCGAAGGCGGUUAUUUCUUCGAGCCGACGAUUCUCGCUGAUAUGUCGCAUGACACUCUGAUCUCCUGCGAAGAGUGUUUUGCGCCGAUCGCUGCUUUCUAUAAAUUCGAGACGGAAGAGGAGGCGGUUCAAGCGGCUAAUGAUACACCGAUGGGUCUUGCUAGUUAUGCUUUUACCAAGAACGCAGAUCGGAUCUGGCGAAUGCUUGAGAAUCUUGAGGCUGGAAUGAUAGCUCUCAACACCGGUGAUUAUUCUGCUCGGAUCUUGAUGAUGUGUGCUGACGAGAUACUAGGCAAUUCUUCUGCGGCCGAGUCACCAUUUGGAGGGAUCAAGAUGUCAGGUUAUGGAAAGGAAGCUGGGAAGGACGUGGCUAUAAUACCCGUUUCAUGGAGUGACCAGCCCAACCCAAUCCCUAAUCUCCGCACCCGAACGUUCUUCAUUACAGACCACCCUCUCGACGAGCAAAUCCUCGAAAACGGUCUAAAUAAACUGAUCAGAAAUCACUGGCGAAAACUAGGCGCGCGUCUUUUCCCAUCGCAUGGAGAUACACGCCUAGAAUACCGUCUACCGCAUGUUUUCCCAGAUGACUAUGAGCUCUUCAAAUGGUCCUCCGUUAGCGCUGGUUAUUCCUAUGGCGAGACUUAUGAAUUGUCGAAGAUUCUGCAUCCAGGCGAUGGUGUAGCCUUUUUACCAAAUAUGGAGACAAUUGACGCGCGGUUGAGGCCGCAGGACUGGCCAUAUGAACGAAAAGACGAGCCGCCUAAUUCGCCGUUGUUGUAUGUCCACUUAACCAAGUUUUCGGAUGGAGCUGUUCUUGCUAUGAGCGUUCCGCAUGUCUUUGCUGAUCAAGGUGGCUUGGCCAAUAUCGUCAAGGCGUGGCUUGCUGUUAUCGAGGGCAAAACACCACCAGGAAUGACAGGUUACAAGGAUGAUGUACUGGAAGGUGAAAAGCUCUCCAACGGUGAUGUCAAUCAGGAUGAACGGAUUGGACGGAUGCGCAUCCGCAGCAAGAAAGACCAGACGUUGGUGAUUGGGAGAAUUGCUCUCGACCUGGUGAAAGACAGGAAGGAGGAGUCUAGACUCGUUUUUCUACCAAUACAAGUGGUACAAAGUUUGAGAGACAAGGCGAGAGAGCGCUUGGAUGGAAAACACAUUUUGGCGAAUGAAAUCAGCAACGGUGAUAUCAUUACCGCAAUCUUCACAAAGCUUGCCAGGAUCAAUUCCGAGUCCAAGUACGAUAUUUCGCUUUCCUCAACCAUCAACUUACGAGAUCGCAUUCCCGAACUUCAAGGCGAAAAGGGUGAAGGAUUUGUUCAUAACGCCGUACACUAUGCAACAGCCAACUUCGCAAUCAAGCCCUCAACAGGGCUAGACGACAUUGCUCUCCAGAACGGAAGAGCCGUCAACAAAGCCCUAGAGGAAUCGGAUAUCAAAGCUGGAGUUCGCACUCUCCGAGAGCUCGCUAAGGCGAACCAAGUCAUGCUUAUCUGCGAACCUCACCAUAAGCUCUACAGCUCUUCAAACUGGGGUGGUUCAUGGCAUGGAAUAGAUUUUACGAAAGCAGCGCCUAAGUCAUAUGACUUGUCAAGCCAUAGGAAAGAGAUGGUUGUUCUUGGACAGAGCAAGACGCUAAAAGCACCGAUGAGAUACCGCGUUGUGAUUAUGCGUCGAACAAGUGAAGGCUUCUGGUGCGACUUUGCUGCGCCAGUCGAGACCAUGGCCCUGAUCGAUAAGUUUAUUAGGUGGGAUCCUUCGCUGGGAAUUCUUUUAGAGGAGAUGGAAUCUUAUGGCACUUCCAAGAGUCGAAGAGCGUUCAAGUCAAACUGCGGAGUCCCGUGAUCAUUGUCAUUUGCUUUUAUGCUGCAAGCAAAAAGGGGUUCUCGGUCAGAACAAUAGCUGAUCUCUCAGCCAAAGGUUUCAUCUCAAGUAUCAGGGAAGAUAACCAUGUAUUGCCUAUACAAAUUACUUUGUAUUCUUUGCAUUCGUGUUGGGUUUGAAGUUUCUUUUUUACCCCCCAGCCUUAUAUUACUACCAUAGGUACUUAAUUCUAUAGUAUACCACUAUGAACUCUAAACUUGCCC